AUGCUACAGAAUGUUCAAGACAUUAACUCAAUAACAGAGGAUGCCAGAGAAGUUGAGGUAAACAAUUUUAUCAACAAUUAUGUAAAUGAAGUGAGACGAACUUUUAGAAUUGGGUCAGAAAAUCAUGUGAUUAACAAGAGAAGUUAUCCUGACAUUGACUUGAACAAACUAUCAGGUGUGGAAAUACUUGCUGGUUUUCAAGAGGUACACUCUCUACCAUCCAGAUUUUCCAAAGACAUUAUUUUAUUCUCCCCUUGUUCGCCUGAAGAAAACCAGUUGUUUGCUGCUGCAAUUGAAACUAAGCCUGAAGAGACCCUGCAAGAUACUGAACUUGUGCUCUAUAAGUACCAAGGAGAUGACUGGGCAGAGUCUCACAGAGUGAAGGCAGCUGGAGGACAGAACAUUGCUGUGGAACACAUUCAGGACUCUGUGUACCUCGUGGUGGCUCAGAAAUUGGCCGACCCAGAUUUGGGCUCUACAGUCUGGAGGCUAGUGCCAGGCUCAGACAAGCUGCAGUUCACACACAUGCUCAACACUCGUCUCGCUUCCCACGCCAUCAUGUGGACAGAUGCAUACACCUAUGCUGCUGUGACAAUUUCUGAAAAUCCAGCUGGAUCUCCAAAACCAUAUUCCACCCUGAGUCCUGUCUACCGGUGGCUUGGGAGCUCUUUUGACAUGAUUGACACUUUGCCUACUUACAAUCCUCGAGCUAUUGUACAGUUCAACAUUCGGAGUUCUGUAUUUAUUGCCGUUGCUAAUUACCAAAAUGAUUAUGGUGAGACAAUGAUUGACUCGGAGAUUUUUCGAUAUGACUUAAUGUCAGGCAAGUUCCAUGUUUAUCAGAAGCUUCCCACGGAGGCAGCAAUCGACAUCAAGUCAUUCUGUUAUCAGAGCAAUCAGAUAUCUGAGAACUUCCUUAUCUACGCAAGUGCAUUCCACACUGAUGAGAAGGGAGUCAGGGACUACAACUCACCAUCAGUGGUCUACAAGUUGUCUGAUGAGGAGAUAUUUGUACCUUUCCAAGCCUUGCAGGUCUCUAAGGUUACCAGCUGGCUGCCAGUGGAACAUGUCAAGGAUGGUAUAGAGAGUUUGACCCUUGUAGGAGCUAGUGAGGAAGGUAUCAUCAGUUUCCAGUACGAUGGUUGGCGCUUUGUACCCACAGGUCUCCACAUGGACACCACCACCUUCAGCCCUGGACCCAAAGCACUCAACGUCUUCUACUACAAUGACAAACCAUUCAUCAGUGUGGCAAACAGGUACAGCAGUGGGUACGAGAUGAAUGUGUUCAGUCCAUUUUUUGAACACCAUCCUGGCGUUGAGAAUUUGCAGAGGACAAUUUCCGAUUGGGUGCUAGACAUGACCAAUGAUAUGAUUGAGGGAGAAGCAAAGAUAAAUGGCCUUACCAGAAUUGCCCAAGAAGCACCGUCAGUUGGUGAUUCUGUUAUUAAACUUGGUUCUCAUGCUGUGUUCAGAAAUGCUGAGAUUCACAGACUUGAAACAAUCAUGACCAAAGUAGGAGACUCCAGUACAGAUGAUGAGGUUUACAGCCAACUAUACACACUAAAAAGUCAACUUGAUAGGUUGAAAAGUACUUUGGAAGGAUUACCUGUUAGAAUUGAUCAAACAAGCUAUCAUACAAACACGGUAUAUGAAGACACAUUUGAAGAGUCAGCUGAGAUAACUUGUACACAUUCCUGCCAUGCACACGAUCUGGAGGUUACCAAUGUAAACAGUGAAAACUUGUCAGAGUUCCUGGCAAAUACUGUCAAUAUAAAGGAAGAUGUGGAGUUCUCAGGAGAUGUAUCCUUCAAAGAGUUGGCUUUGAUUGAACCGUUGAAAACAAAGACGGUUAAUGGUCAUAGUGCAGAAACAUUGAUUGACUGGUCGAAAGAGGUCAAUCUAGACCAUAAACUUAAGGUUGAAGGUGAUGUAUUGGCUGAAGACUCAGUUGAGGUCUCAGAAGCAGUGGAUGGGGUCUUGAUCAAUAUUAUUAAGGAAGAUAUUUUUGAACCAGAAGUUAUUGUUUCACCUACGGCUGAUCUUGAGUCGCUCAACACUUCUCAACUGAUUCUCUCGGAUGGUAAAAUGUCUGAAGUGGAUUUUCAAUACUUUGUAGUGUCAUCUCUAAAGACAGUAGGUGACCAAAGUUUUUCAGUGUUUCAAGACAUAGAGAGGAUCACAGCAGAAGAGGUGGCUGCAUCGGAUCUGUUCAAGUCUGUUGCUUCACUCCCAACAAUGUCUCAGCGAAGCAGAUGUACAGAUGAGAAGUGUUCUGAUGAGGCUGAUGAGAAGUCCCCAGAUCCUGAGCUGGGCAUCUCACAACCAACUUCUGGAGGCAGAUCAAAGAAGAUAGAAUCCAUUAAUCUCCUUGAUGAUGUGAUCAUAAUCCCACGUAAUCUCACUUUAUAUGGAACAGUUAUAGUAGAAAAUGGUCACAUGUCAGCAAUAAAUGAUUUCAAUGAUUUGAAGCACAAUAUUUCUGCUGAAAAACUAUUAGAAUUCGGGAUUCCUUUAAAUCAGUUUGUAAUUGAUAAACAUUUCAAGUUUACACAGGAUCCUAAGACACCAUCCCUCAACGUGGACACCAUAAACUCUGUGGUUCUGGAAAGUCUGAUCAACCUAGAGGAAGAAGAGUCUGUGAAGCUGACAGGGGAAAAGGUGUUCCUUGGAUCACUAACAGUGGAUGGAACACUUCAUAGUUCUAAUGAACUGAAGAUUUCAGAACUUCUCAAAUCUAAUUUGGAGGAUUUAGCAGAAGUCAACCUUGAAUAUCUUAAUGUUACAGAAAUCAAAAGCAAUAACAUCAGGCUUGGUAAUAAUGAGUGGGAAAAGAGGGUUGUAAUUAGAAAAGAUGGAUUUGUUGUUGUAGACAAUCUAAAGGUUGAAGAAAAUCUAUUUGCAAAUAACACAAUGGUGCGGGGUAAAAUUAAUGACCACCAUUUAGAAAAUCUUUUAGAUGAUUCUGUCUUUGAAGGAGAUGAUAACCUACUCAUGUCAGGAGCAAAACAUUUUUUAGCUGAAAGCGAAAUACUAAAUUUGUACAUAAAUCCCAUCAACAGCUCUAAUUUCCACAUGGUUACACCAGAGAGUUUAUGGAGAAAACGUUUGCUCAAAGCAAAGCACAUUGAGGUUGACCGUUUAUUCUAUACAGGUACUCUGGAUGGGCUCAACUCUCGUGUGUUUGGCAGAUGGCUGUUGACAGACGGAGACCAGAGUGUUAUAGCCUCACAAGCCAUCACCAACCUAGAGACCCACAAUGUAGCAAUGACACCUGGUGCAACUGUCAACUCUCACAAUAUCUCUCACAUACGUGAUGCUGCUCUGUCUAGGUACUCUGGAUGGGCUCAACUCUCGUGUGUUUGGCAGAUGGCUGUUGACAGACGGAGACCAGAGUGUUAUAGCCUCACAGGCCAUCACCAACCUAGAGACCCACAAUGUAGCAAUGACACCUGGUGCAACUCUCAACUCUCACAAUAUCUCUCACAUACGUGA